GCCUGGCUGGUUGUCUGCUUGUCGUUCGCCAUGGACCCCGUCGACGCAGAGCAGAUACAAGCACAGCUUGCCCAGCGCAAGCCUGUCGCCGACUUUGGGCCCGGCUUUCCCCCGUUGCCGUCUUCCAGAAUGCAUACGCGCCCCGAUUCCCCGCCCAAGCAGACGCCCUCCACCCGUCGCGAUCCCACCCCGCUCGCUCAGCCCAGCGCUCAUACUGCCCCGGGCACGCCAAAUAUGAUGCGCCCCGCGUCAAAGCCACCAACUCCCCGGUCCAGGACCGCCGACACAGCGCCAACAAACGCCCCACCCCCCGCGCCCGCCACCCCAGCGGCAGUCACCGCAGUGGCGGGCGGCGAGCGCGCUCUCAACGUCACCGACGCCCUCGGCUAUCUCGACGCGGUCAAGAACCAGUUCCACGACAAGCCGGAGGUGUACAACAAGUUCCUGGACAUUAUGAAGGACUUCAAGAGCUCAGUUAUCGACACCCCCGGCGUGAUUCAGCGCGUGUCCGAACUCUUCUACGGCCACCCCAACCUGAUUACCGGCUUCAACACCUUUCUCCCCUACGGCUACCGGAUCGACCCUUCGUCGGACCCCCGCGAUCCCAAUCUCAUCACGGUCACAACACCUUCGGGUGUAACAACGCACAGCGCUUUUCCAGGACGCACUCAUCGCAUUCAGUCCCGCGAACAACCUGGCAUGCCCGCGCCCCCUAUGUCCGGUCUCGUCUCAUCAGGGUUCGCUCCCAUGCGCAAUUCCGUCAAUGGCGGGCCCAGCUCGCGCUCAAUGACCCCGCACGGCUUCCCUGGAGGUGCGCCCCCGGGGGGCCUCCCCGUCGACCCCGCCAUGUUUUCUCCCGGCAUUGCCGCCGCGGCGUCCCAGCAGACCAACGCUGCAGCUACCAUGCUCGGAAACUUGGGCAACGGCGCCCAACCGCAGAUGCCCAAGGAAGAAUUUCAGCGCGCCAUUGACUUCUUGAACAAGAUCAAAAUGCGCUACGAGGGGGACCAUCACUACAAACUCUUCUUGGACGUUCUACAGGCGUGUCAGAAGCAGCGGUAUAUGCAGCAAGAGGUACUACAACAAGUGCACGACCUUUUCCACGACGCGCCCGAGCUUUUGCAUGAGUUCAACGACUUUCUCCCCACGGGCCUCCCCGGUGUACCAGGCGGCGGUCAAACAGGCCUCGUGAAUGACGACCCCGCGUGGACGAACCCCGAAUCACUCUCCGCCAUUGCAGACAAACCUCAACAGAAGAAGCAGGCGCCCAAACGCAAGAAACGCCCUGUAGAAAAAGAAGCAUCCCCGGGCCCGGCACCAGCGAAGGCUCCGCCCGCCAAGGCGAACAAGAAACCUAAACAUCGCCAUGUGCCCGAUCCCGCGUCUCCUACCUUCUCCUACGCCACUGUACCAUCUCCUCCUCCGUCUCAGGCCCAGCCCUCAACGUCUCAGCCGGCUUACGCCAUGCAAAACCUGCAGCAAACCAUCCUCCUACAAGACGGUCGGACGCCCGAGGGCAAGCUUAUGUUCUUCGAUCACGCGAAGAAGGCCCUCGAGAGUCGCGAGAUGUACGAGGACUUCUUGAAGACCCUCACGCUUUUCUCCAAGGACAUCUUCGGCGUCAAAGACCUCAUUGACAGGGCGAAGGUGUUCCUCGGCGACGGCGAUCUCCUGGCAGAGUUCAAGGAGCUUCUUGGCUAUGAUGAACGGCGCGAGAGCAUCGAAUACGGACCUCCAGGCAGCCUUCGCAUGGGUCCUCCCGAGGCGUUAUUGGCGCAACCCACAGAUGAUGGACAGGGUCCGAGCUACAGGCGCCUUCCUGACAGCGAAAUAUACCUUGCAUGUUCGGGACGCGACGAACACUGUCGAUCCCUGCUAAACGAUGAAUGGGUGUCCCACCCCACAUGGGCAUCCGAGGAGGCGGGCUUCGUCGCGCACAAGAAGAACUCGUUCGAGGAGGCGCUGCACAAGAGCGAGGAAGAGCGCCACGAAUACCAUGUCCACAUCGAGGCCCUCCGUCGGACCAUCGCCGUCCUCGACCCCCUCAAUGCGCGCAUUGAGGACAUGACACACGAGGAGCGCGCCAACUUCAAGCUCGAUGCCGACUUUGGAGGCCCGAGCAAGAGCAUCUACCAGCGCAUCAUCAAGAAGGUGUACGGUCGGGACAGCGGGCAGGAGAUCCUCGUGUCCAUGCAGGAGUCGCCGGCAGUCGCCAUCCCGGUCGUUCUCGCACGAUUGAAGCAGAAGGACGAAGAGUGGCGGCGUUUGCAGCGGGAAUACGCACGGACGUGGAAGGCCGUAGACUCCGCCAACUUUUAUCGCUCGAUCGACCAUAUGGGCCCGGCGUUCAAGAACAACGACAAGAAGAAUAUCACGCAGAAGCACUUUGUCGGGGAGAUCAUCGACGCGCGGAAGGCUCAGGUUAAGCAGUUGGAGGAGCAGAUCGGCAAGGGCAAGGAGAAGGCGGUGCCCGUGUGCUCGCGUGGGUCCAUCGGGGUCCAGCUCGAGUACCAGUUCGAGGACACCGCGGUCUUGCAAGAUUCCCUUAAGCUCGUCUACUCGUUCCUGGACCAUAGCCCAGGCCAGUAUAACCUCCACGAGCGGCGCGCCAUCGAGAAGUUCCUCCGCGCCUUUAUCCCCGUGCUCUGCGGCUUUAACGCACAAGAGUUCAACGCGGCAUGUGGGCCGUUCGACGCCUACGAGGACGAGCACGAGAUGAACGGCCAUGGCGAGCACCACGGUCGCAGUGGUCGCCGCUCGACCGGAAGCCAUACCUCGCACCAGGGGGUGCCACCGGGCGACCUACGGCGGCGGUUAAUACGGGCGGCGCAAGAACGCGAGGAGGAGAUGAACGGCGCCGCGGCUUCACCCAGCCACUCUCGUGCGUCUUCACCAGCGCCGAGUGCCUCAAAAGCGGCUGGCCAGGAAGAUGAAGUCCGCCUGCCGGAUGUCUGGAUCAGAGACCCGACGACAAUGAAUCCCGUGGACAACAUCGCGUACGGCGCUGACGUUGACCGGCCCUUCUUCGCCAACACGACGUUCUAUCUGCUCCUUCGCUUGCUGCAGGAGCUGUACGCCCGGCUGUUGACGAGCAAGCAGACGAGUCGGCGGCAUGCGGCGGAGAACUUUAAGUCCCUUCUGGCAAAUCCCGUUGCUGUUCAGCUGGGAUUGGACGAGCCCAACGGCCCUCCCGCUUUGCUGGCGCAGACUCGUGAGGCGCUGGCCGAGCGUGGCAUCAGCGACGAGCGCGACAUGAUGUACAUGUACUUGCUCGACGCCGCCGAGAAGUCUUUCUCCAACGACAAGAGGACGCAGGACAAGGAUAGCCUGGAUAACGCGACAUUCGAGGAACACAUGCGUUGGUUCUUUGGUUUCAAGGCGUAUCAGCUGUUCACCCUCGACAAGCUCAUCGCAGCGCUAAUCAAGCAGGUGCAGACGGUCGUCCAGGAUCAUCGCUGUCAAGAGCUCUGGUCACUGCUGCAGAGCGUCCAGAGCUCGGAGAGGAUAUCGAUCCAGGACACGAUUCGCUACCGGAGAGAAGCGGAGUUGCAUGUCAGCCAGGACGACCACCUAUACCGCAUUCGCUGGGUACGCGCUACGCAGACACUGCAAGUCCAGCUCAUGGGCUCGGAUGACGCGAGCGUAGACGGGAACGGUGGCACGAGCCGGUGGCGGGAGUACGUGAACUCGUAUGUGCUGAGGCACCGCACCGAGUACGCCCCGCGGGAGAGCGAGGGGGCCCCCCGCGUAUUUCUAAAAAGGUCACUGCACGAGGAGGAGGCGGGGCGGGUGUACGCUGAGACGGACAUGGCGAUUCGGGUUACGCUGCCGUCGUACAAGCUGCUGUACAUAACAGGCACUGAGGACGUGCUGGCGCGGCGGCGGACGGCGGCGGACGCAGGGCCGCUCUGGGAGCGUGCAGCAGCACGGCAGGAGGAGCGACGACGGUGUCGGCUGCUGGUCUGAGACCCGGGAGGUCCGGGUGGUCCGACGGGGGCAGGGUCUGAGUGUACAAUUAUAGCGUUGGGACUGUAAUUAUAGGGCCGAGAGAACAAACAGAUCGCAACA